CCCCAGGACUCAUGAAUGUCACUUUGGAAGCCCCCGUGUGGCUGCAGGCUGGGGCUGUCAAGUUGCUCCCCCGUGACACUGUCUCCACUCUCCCCCCAGCUGCGCUGACACAUGGAUGCACAGGGCCUGGCCAAGAAGUGGUGUCCCUGGCGCCAUUUUCUCCUCUGGAUGCUGCUGCAGCUGCUUUUCACUCUGUGCUUUUUCUCUUACCUGCGUUGGUCCAGAGAAGACCCGGUGUGGUCCCCCAUCUCCAGGGCCCACACAGCAGAAUCUCUCACCACAGCUCCCGAUGGGUCACCAGGGCCAGUGUCCUCCCAAGGGGCACCUUGCUGGGCCACGAACGGGUCCUCGGGCCGCCCACCGCUGCUGCUUUUGCUGUGGACGUGGCCAUUCCAUAGCCCCGUGACUCUGUCCCGCUGCUCGGACCUCCGGCCGGGCACAGCCGACUGCCAGCUGACGGCCGACCGCCGUGUGUACCAUAAGGCAGAUGCAGUCCUCAUGCACCACCGAGAGAUCGGCUACAGACCAAAGGAGCAGCUCCCGACUUCCCCGCGGCCACCGGGCCAGCGCUGGGUCUGGUACAGCAUGGAAUCGCCCAGCCACUGUCCACAGCUGAAAGCCCUGGAUGGUUACUUCAAUCUCACCAUGUCCUACCGCAGAGACUCGGACAUCUUCACGCCCUACGGCUGGCUGGAGCCAUGGCCGGACCAGCCAGCUGCCCUGCUGGUCAAUCUCUCCGCCAAGGCUGAGUUGGUGGCCUGGGUGGUGUCCAACUGGAGGGAGGACUCGGCCAGGGUGCGUUACUACCGCACCUUGCAAGCUCACCUCAAAGUGGACGUGUACGGGCAAAACCACAAGGCCCUGCCACGGGACGUCAUGAUCCAGCAGCUGUCCCAGUACAAGUUUUACCUAGCGUUCGAGAACUCCCUGCAUCCUGACUACAUCACGGAGAAGCUGUGGAGGAACGCCCUGGACGCCUGGGCCGUGCCCGUGGUGCUGGGUCCCAGCAGGAGGAACUACGAGCAGUUC